AGAGGUCUGUGCUGCUCAACUCUCAAAAUGCCUGCGUUACUUAGGCUGCUGUUCUUCCUGCUCUGAGUGGAAAGUGCUGGACUCGGACAUAAACAUGUUCAACAGCAAACACCCCAGCCUUAGAAAAAAAGGAGGAAUUUGGGGAUUGUGCAUCCUCUUGCUUUACACCAGCCCUCUUUCCUGUUUUGCAAAUUUCAGCCAAGCAAAAGAGCUCAUCUAUAAGAUAAAGGAGGGAUUACCAAGGGGGACCUUCAUAGGGGCCAUUGCAGUAGACCUAAAUUUGGACGUCACUGUUGAGCCCCCCUUUAUAUUCAAUCUGCCGCAAAAGAAGGUCAGUGAUCAGUACGUGAACCUGAAUAAUACCACGGGAGAGCUUUACACAUCUGCCACUGAAAUUGACAGGGAGACGCUCUGUCCUGAUAACUCUGGGGGAAGGGGAUGUAUCCUCUCCCUGGAUGUGUUUAUUUUGCCUCAACAGUACUUCCAGCUCAUCAAAGUUAAAAUAUACGUUGAGGAUGUCAAUGACAACAGGCCAAAGUUUCCCCUUGAUGAGAUCUGUAUAUCUGUUCCAGAAAAUACACCCAUCAAUGCUCGUUAUGCUGUGGAGCACUCUGCGGUUGAUCCAGACCUGGGUCUUCAUGGAGUGCAGACAUACUGGCUUGUUAAUGACUUUGGCAUGUUCACACUGGAUGUUGAACACAAUGAUGGGGGUGAGAUGACACCCUUCCUCAUCGUCACAGAGGCUUUGGAUAGGGAGACCCAGGCUGAAUUCAUCACAGAUAUCAUCGCAGAGGAUGGAGGGACCCCUCCUCUACUGGGUGCAGCUACUUUAAAAAUUGUAAUCACAGAUGUGAACGAUAACUGCCCCCGAUUCACAGAGUCACAUAUUAACGUCACUCUGCAUGGGAAUACAACCAAAGGGGCACAUUUGGCCCGUCUGCAUGCUUUUGACCCUGACCUUGGUGCUAAUGCUCAGAUCAGCUAUGCUUACAGCGAACGUGUGCCAAGGGAGACCAGGAGCUUGUUCCAUUUGGACAGAAUCACAGGGGUGAUCAAGCUAGCAGGGAAAAUAGACCCUGGCACAAACACAUUCUACAAACUCACCAUUCUGGCAAAUGGUCCUGGUUGUAUCCCUGCUGUUGCCACUGUUGCUGUCCAUAUCAUCAAAGUCAUAACUGGACCCCCUGCACUCGUGCCCAGGUACAUUGCAUCCGAAAAGGAUGGGGUAGUAACUAUAAAAGAGUCUGAGCCAGCGUUGUCUCCGAUUGCUUUUUUUACUGUCAAGAACAUCGAUUUGAACCAAAGGGUGGACUGUCAUUUGGAAGGGACUGGUCCAUUCAGACUUGUCCCCUACCAGCUUUUAAAAAAUGAAUACCUGCUGGAGACCACAGAGCCCUUGGAUUAUGAGAAAACACAAGAGUAUGAGCUUAUCGUGGUUGUGAAGAAUCACGGAGACCUUGUCAUUAAGACUUUUCUCAAGGUGCAGAUAUUGGAUGAGAAUGACAAUGCACCAAUGUUUCAGCAGUCUUUGGUUAAAUUGUCUUUGGAGGAGAACAAUUCACCAAACACCUUUCUGACCCAGCUCCAAGCCUCAGACCCGGACAGUGAAAGCCGAGGGGAUGUCAUCUAUCUCCUUGGAGGAGACGCCCCGGGGAUAUUUGUUGUGGAUCGUGUGACUGGUGUCCUGACAGUGACCACAUCGCUGGACCGUGAGGAGAAGGAGACAUACCGGUUCAUCGUAAGAGCAGUUGACCAGGGAACACCAAGGAGAGAGUCGAUUGCAACUGUGGUGCUGACUGUUGAGGACCGCAAUGACAACAGUCCACGCUUCAUCAACAAGGACUUCACAUUCUUUGUUCCAGAGAACUUCCCGGGGUACGGUGAGAUCGGGGUUCUCUCUGUAACGGAUGCAGAUGCUGGGGAAAAUGGUUGGGUGGCCCUUUCAAUUCUCAAUGGAAGUGACAUUUUUAUGAUAGACACAGGCAGAGGGACACUGAGGGCCAGGACCUCUCUUGACCGUGAGCAACAAGGGACAUACCAGCUGUGGAUUGAGGCAAUCGAUGGUGGAGAGCCUGCACUUUCAAGCGUCACUAUGGUGAAUGUACUAUUGUUGGAUGUAAAUGACAACCCACCUAUUGUCCUCUUUCCCCAGUCUAAUCAGUCUUACAUGCUAGUACUUCCCAACACAGUACCAGGGACAUCAAUCACAGAGGUCUAUGCUGUGGACAAGGAUACAGGCAUGAAUGCUGUGAUUGCUUACAGUAUCAUUAAGAGGAAAGGUGGAGAACCAGGGUCAUUUGCCAUAGACUCCGAAACAGGAAAUAUCACUUUAAAGAGGGAGCUUAGUAACCGAGGUCUCUACAGCCUUUUGGUGAAGGUCAGCGAUCAUGGUCAGCCUGAACCCCUUUACUCAACAGUUAUGGUUAACUUCUUUGUAAAUGAAACUGUGAGCAACGAGAGCUACAUCCAGAGUCUUCUGACCAGAGAGGCUGACAUUGAGGUAGAGGAAAGGCCCUGGUAUGUUGGGCAGAUGACAGAUGGACCUGAGAGGUAUGAGUUGUUCCCCUGUCAGCCUGUCCUCAUUGCUCUUUCAGUGACAUGUCUGGGGCUUUUCUUCUCAGUUGUCACACUGACAUCUUACAUAUGCUGCAAGAGAUAUAAAAGGCAGCGAAAGAAAAGAUCAGAAGUGGAGAUACCAUUAAAAAUGAAGAAUGACUCAAUGCAGGUUGUAAACAAGAGGCUCAGGCAGAUCUCAAAUAUCUGAUUUCGAGUUGUCCACACAUCCAAAAUCACUGUUUACAUGAAUGUUUACAAAACUCACUGUGAGAAGUGUAAUUCUUAAAUGAAGUUGCUUUUUCUGCCUUUGUCAUAUGAUUGCUAUUACUGCAAUAUUAUCACAGGCAAACGUCCAAUUCUACCUUCAAUUAUAUUUAUGAUCCAUGACUCAUAAUCAGAUGUUUGGCAUCAAAAGACCAAAGUAAAGAAGUUUUUGAGACUGCUUCAAGGUAAUAACAGCUUUAUUACAAGGUCAUAGAAGCAACUCUUUGACGAUUACUCAAUGUAAGGUCCUAUGUAUAAAUAUAUUGUAUUGAAUGUUUUACAAGUUUAUAUAAAAAAUGUUUGCAUUGGUAUGAAUUGUAACAAACAACAGUUUAAGACUUUCUUUCCUCAUAUUUUUUAUCAAUUUGCAGUCCUAUACUCUAUCUGCCACAGUAACAGUGUGGAAAGUGAUUACAUAAAUACUUAGUCUGUUCAAACUUAGCAAUAUUCGUAAAGUCACUAUGUAUGAUUGACAAAGAAAGCGUUCAAUUUUUAAAACUCAUAUGGAGAGUUCACUGUGUCAAUACCCAUCAAUUUCUACACCUGUGUUGUGUAUGCUGACAUAUUAUGCAAAAAUGCCCUGUGUUCUGUUUGAGGAGUAUGACAAUCAUUUUUCUUAAAUGGAAAACAACAGACCAGCCUUAAAAAACGUACUGUUUGCUUCAAAGCUUUUGAUUACUUAUCGUUGUCUUUUGUUGCCUGGUUUUAAAGGACUGAAAUUAGUGUAAUACUAUUGAUGAGGUUAAGAAUCCUGGGAAAGCCGAUAAAUGGGCUUAUGGUUCAGACACUUCUUUUCAAAGUAUUGUAAGAUGUGUGAAAGCCAUGUUUAGUAUCCAGAUGUACUACUUUCUGUGAAGGCUUUUUUGGCAGUUAUGUAUCUUGUUUGUGAAGCCUUUCAAGGCCAUUUUGCUUAGCAAAAACACAACAAACGAGACAAAUUUUGUACAGACUUCUUUCUCAUAAAACUGCUUCAGGGUGAUACAUCACACUCUUUUAUACAACCGUGCAACUCUAAAUGUGUCUGUG